GGUGCAUUGUUUGAUAUUUCUGCCAGUCCUCCAGUGAAGCACAGAGAAGGUAGCAGAAGUGAUGGGUCUUCUCUCUGCUAGUGUGGGACCAUUUAGGAACCGGGUCCGGACUGUCCGGUCGUGGAGCAGAGACCUAUCAAACAUUUCAGCCACUUUUCGAAGCAGCGGACUUCUCGCGUCGAAGUCAUCACUGAUCCAGAGGAGAUGUGGAGGUUUUUAUCAACACAGUUUUCAACUAGCUCGAUCCUUGAGCUCAAACAAACCACCAAGAGGUUUUGAGAAGUUUUUCCCAAAGACUGAAGAAAGCAGUUCUGUGGACAAAUCAGCUAAAGAAAACACCAAAGAGCAAGAAUCUCUCGUAAGUGAAAGGCAGGACACGAGUAAUGGUGGGGAUGAAAGACAAGGAGGAGGAAAAAGGCAUGAAUGGUAUUCAUGGAUGCGCUUUCAGGAUUUUCCCCUGGAUGCAAAAGUAGUUCGUAACUUUGCGAUUGGUGCAGCAGGCAUGACCACAGCUUUUUUGUACUUCUACUUUCGAGAGACGGGUGUCCAGAUCUCCUGGAAGGACUUUGUGCAGCACUACUUAAAUAGAGGCCUGGUUGAUCACCUGGAAGUGGUCAAUAAACAAUACGUCAAAGUGAUUCCUGCCCGUGGAGUAAACUCAUCAGAAGUGAGCUACUUGUGGUUCAACAUUGGCAGUGUUGACUCAUUUGAGCACAACCUGGAAAUCGCCCAGCGGGAGAUGGGUAUGGAGCCCACACAGAAAAUACCUGUGUUUUUCAGCAGUGAGAGUGAUGGGACUCUGCUUUUCAGUGUUCUCCCAACUUUGCUGCUAGUUGGCUUUUUGCUUUUUGUCUCGCGUCGGGGACCAAUGGCAGGGGGCCGUGGGGGUAAGGGGCAAGGAAACCCCUUCAGUAUGAGUGAAUCCAAAGCCAAGGUUAUAAAACGCAACAUUGGCGUACGAUUCAAGGACGUUGCAGGCUGUGAGGAGGCUAAAAUGGAGAUUUUGGAGUUUGUAAACUACUUGAAGAACCCUCGGCGGUACAAGGAGCUGGGAGCCAAAAUCCCUAAGGGUGCAGUGCUAUCAGGUCCUCCUGGUACUGGCAAAACCUUGUUGGCUAAGGCCACAGCAGGAGAAGCCAACGUCCCUUUCAUCACUGUCAAUGGCUCUGAGUUCCAGGAAAUGUUUGUGGGUGUGGGUCCAGCAAGGAUAAGAGAUAUGUUUACCAAAGCACGGAAAAAUGCUCCCUGCAUCCUUUUUAUCGAUGAGAUCGACGCAGUGGGCAGAAAAAGAGGCGGAGGGGACUUCGGUAACCAAAGCGAGCAGGAAAACACCCUCAAUCAGCUCCUUGUAGAAAUGGAUGGGUUCAACAGUAGCACAAAUGUGGUUGUUUUAGCUGGAACCAACCGAGCUGAUAUCCUGGAUCCAGCUUUGAUGAGACCGGGGAGAUUUGAUCGACACAUAUACAUAGGUCCACCAGAUAUUAAAGGCAGGGCCUCCAUUUUUAAAGUACAUUUAAGACCCUUAAAACUGGACUCCAGCAUAAAAGUAGAGGCUUUAGCCCGUAAGCUAGCUGCACUAACUCCAGGUUUUACUGGGGCUGACAUUGCUAAUGUGUGUAAUGAAGCUGCUCUAAUUGCUGCACGUCACCUCCAUCAACAUAUCAGCACAAAGCACUUUGAGCAGGCGGUGGACAGAGUUAUUGGAGGUCUGGAAAAAAGGUCUCAGGUACUUCAGCUUCCAGAAAAGACCACAGUAGCAUACCACGAGGCUGGACAUGCUGUUGUGGGUUGGUUCCUGGAGCAUGCAGACCCGCUACUGAAGGUGUCCAUUGUCCCUAGAGGUAAAGGUCUGGGUUAUGCACAGUAUCUUCCUAAAGAACAGUACCUGUUUAACCAGGAGCAGCUGUUUGACAGAAUGUGCAUGAUGCUGGGAGGCCGUGUGGCUGAGCAGGUUUUCUUCUGCAGAAUCACAACCGGAGCACAUGAUGACCUCAGGAAAGUCACUCAGUCUGCCUAUGCACAGGUUGUUCAGUUUGGGAUGAAUGAGGCGGUGGGUCAGAUGUACUUUAACCUCCCUCAGCAGGGUGACUUAGUCACAGAGAAACCCUUCAGUGAAUCUACAGCCCAGCUAAUAGACCAGGAGGUCCGCAUGCUCAUAGAUGCUGCCUUCCAGAGAACACUUCAGCUUGUCACUGAAAAGAGAGAAAUGGUGGAAAAGGUGGCGAAACGUCUCUUGGAAAGGGAGAUUCUAAAUAAAGCCGACAUGGUGGAGCUGCUGGGAGCUCGUCCAUUCCAGGAGAAGUCUUCAUAUGAAGAGUUAGUUGAAGGGUUGGGAGAAUCUGAGGAGGACAUAUCUCUAAAUGAAGGGCCAAAAGACUGGCAAAGGAACAAAAGUGAUGAAAAGCCUCUGCAGGAUCAGCAGAAGAAAUCAGCUCUUUACCUGUAAAUGGGCAUGUAGCAACAAGGAAAAUAUUCUCCUGGUCUCAGUUGAAUAUUAAAAAAGAGCUGAACCAUCUGGUCGAUACUGCAGCUUGUCCAUGCUUGGAAAAAAUGCCUUGUUCAUCUUAAGAAUAACUGCAAAAGGAGGGAUAGUGAUGUGUUGCACGGGUCUUAAAAAGACCAAAAUACUGUCCAUCAUUAUGUGUGGGCUGGUAGGUUUCUGUAAGCCAAGGUUUCUGUAAAGAUUUGAGUUUCAUAUUUUAAGUGGAGACAUCCUCCAUCCACUGUCUAGUGCCGCCUCACAUUUGUUGACACUGGGGCUGAAACAAGCGAAGGUUUCAUUAUUAGAUGAUCAGCCUUUUCAUGAUCAAUGGAGAAUUUUCAAAUGCCCAUUUAGUACUCAGAUAUUAAUUGAAUGUAAUUCACAAUUCCCCAAAAUAUCAUCAUAAAGUGACAUCUUCCUUAGCCCAACCAACAGAUCAACACUAAACACUGUUCGUUUCACAUUUUAAUUGACAGAAAAACUGCAAAUCUAAACUUCAAACACCUGUAAAUCAGACAGUUUUGUGUAAAAAAAAAAAAAAAAAGAAAAAAAAAAAGUAAAGUAAGGACUCAGUGAUCAAGUAAAAAAGAAAAUAAAUCGGAGUGAUAAAUUGGCAAGUCCCUUAGCUCUAAAUGACACAGAAACAGACCACAAAUAAGCUAUUUUCUUUUAAGUUAUCAUAGGAUAUGGGUUUCAAUCUUGAGCACAUUCUAGAGAUUAUCAUACGUCCAUUAAUAUAUGAAUACUACCAGUUUCUACCACCACUUUAUUCUUCCAUUGAAUGAAAUUUCAGUGUUUUCUGUAAGUGGGCAGACCAGAUUAUGUCCUAUGUACUGUUCUUAUGACUAUUUCUGUCUUCACUUUGUAGUACGAUAAGGACCUUCUCAUUUUUCUUAGAUAAUUUAUCUUACCUUAAACUCAUGAGUACAUCCUAGUUUAUAAUCACUGUAGCAACUCUGCAAAGUUUACCUUUUUUCCUGAUUCAUGGAAAUCUAGAUCUACAAAAGCAGCUGUUAGAGCUCUGUGAUGGUGAAUUUUAUGGUGGAUAUAUGAGCGAUGCUACAAAUAUUAUGCAAUCACAUGUACUGUAGGUUGUUUUCUCCUCACUCCUCUUACAGCUUUUAAAUCAAUACUGUAGUUUUUACACAUAAAACAACUCAACAUUCACUCACUUGCACUACCUCACAGUCUUUCUUAUCUGCAUCAUGAACUUUUUUACCUGUUUAUAAUACAAAAACAUCCAUGCUGACACUGUGCUUUUCUGUGUUUCAAUUAGACAAUUAAGGACUUCAAAUAAAGUCAAGAUUCAUUGGAUUUUACAUUGAUUGAUUCAAAUUUUAUAAUAGCAAGACUACAAAUUAAAUUUUAAUGUGCCCCCCUGAUAGAGCACCUAGAAAGCUGAGCUAAAUCCCUGUUAACCUAGCAUACUCAUCAUGAAAACUACUCCUGCACAGCUUUGUUACUCUCUUAUCAUGUUGUAAGUGGUUUCUUGAGGUUACGGCUGUAUUUCCUGAUCCAAUUGAACAGGUUUCCUAUAAAAUAUACUUGAACUAUGAAUGCCUUGCAGUAUGAGACUGUAAUCAGGGCUUCCUUUUAAGAGGGUCCUGAUCAUCUGACACUGGAACAUUGUUGUCCUCCAUACUUUAAAAAGCAUUCAUAAAUAAUACGCAGGCUGGCUGUAUAUAAAGAUAAAUGUGUUUUUUGUGCCUGCUGGACAAUCCGUUUGUUUUUCUUGUUUGAUGAAUAUUUGUUUUUACAUGAAGCAAUAGUAGUUGAUUUUACAUUGUGAGUUAAAGAUGAAGGAAGAUUUUAAGGUGUGAAGCUGCAGUGGUUCACAACAAUAUUAAAAUGUUUUUAUACCA